UCUUCUUCAAAAAAAAUAUUUUAAAUAAAAGUGAAUUCCGUAUGAAAAAUUUGAAAUAAAACUCGAAAGUCUGCAAAGUACAUUCUUUACAGAAAAGGAUAAAGAAGUAUACACACUUGUAAAUGUAAAGGGGACAAGCAAGUCUAUAUUUCAGUUAGCAUGUGAAGCGAGCAGCAGUGCAUUGUGUCCUGUGUGUAAAAUAUUUUACUACAUUUAAAGUCUGGUGUUAAAUGGAUUUAAUAAUAUACACUGUCUUGGUGAUAAAUUUAAAGUUCCGAUGCAGAAAUGAAGCUCAAAAUUGAUGUUUGAAUUGAUGAAUUAACUUGCCAUAUAGUGAAAAACAUAAUACACAAUAAAAGUGCUGUAAAGCGAUUUCGAUAUGUUUGAUGUUAUUACAAAUUAAAAUCACGCAUACCGAACUGUAGCCUGAAAUAUUUUUGCACAUAAAAUUUUGGCCGAUGUCAUUUCUUUCAACUUAAUACAUGCUUCGUUUAUCUGUUGCUUUAUUCAAUUAAAAAAAUUGAAAAUAAACAGUUCUAUAAACAAUUUAUUGUUUAUUGUGAUUUAGGGGGCGAAUAAUGUAGCGAAAUUUAUAGAAUUAACCCAUCUGACUGUAAAACUACAUUCCAAGACAUUCGCUAUCAUAUUUUUAUAAAGUGAAAGUUCAGUAAGCGAACAUAUUAUACCUGAUAUUAUAAAAUUUAUAAAUAAUUAUUCAUGAUGUCAAUGGUUUGUACUAAUGAUGAUUUUAAUCAACUUUCCGAUACAAUAGUUCAUAAUUUAUAUAAUGGAGAUCGUCAAGACCUUGCGAAAUAUGUAUUACCGAUAUCAGCAGCUAAGAACUAUUAUCAUAGUCAAAAGAACAGUCCAUUCGCUGCAAUGAUCUCACCGGUAAAAAAACAAAUCCGUCACCAACAUCGUCGACAUCAUCAAGACCAAUGGCAGUCAUCGCAGGAUUUGGAUCUGAAUAAGCUUUCAAAUAUUAAGAGCAUGAAUAAUUUUUCCGAAAGUCAGCCAAAUCUGGAGCUUCAAGAGCCUGGUGUUCUUCAGAGUGAUUCUAUGUUGCAAUCGUUUAUAAACACACCAAAUUCCUCAUAUCAUACAGCUCAAUUAAAGAGCAAUAAUGAUGUCAUUAGUUUUAGAGACGGGGUAAAUAAUACUCUCCUUUCUGAUGACAUGGUACCUGUUACUAGUGAUCAACAACUAUGCCAACUUUAUAAUACACAACAACACGCGGAUUAUAUAAUUUCAGAUUAUAUGGAUAAAAUAUCAACGCGCAUAUCUCUCUUAGAGACUGAACUAAAAUUUGCUUGGCGUGCUUUGGAUUUACUGUCAGGUGAAUACAGUAAGAUAUGGGGACGAUUAGAAAAAUUGGAAAAUAUUUCAGUAGAGCAGCAGUCUGUUGUUACCAAUUUAAUGGAUUUAAUUGCAACAAAAAAGCACGAAAUAGAAAACUUGACGUUUAUGGAAGAAUGCGAUCCACAAGCGUUUCUCGAAUACUUUACCCAAAAUGAUAUAGCUUCAGAUAUAGUUAAAUUUUCAGAACACGAUACUGAGUUGUUGAAUACGGUUUCAAUAAAAGUGCCACAAACCUUUAAUAAUUUUUUAAAACAAACUGGAAAUGAUGUAUUCGAUAAAAAUUUAGAGGGUGAUCUUGAUGCACUGAAAAAUCUUUUACAGUCAAAGAAAUGCAAUUCGGAAUCAAUUCAAACAAUUCCACCAUUUAUAUCAUCCUCCUUUGAUGAAAACUUAAUUUUAAAUGACGACAGCAAUCAAGCAAAUCCACUUUAUAGUACCAACACACAUAAUAAAAAUACCUUGUUUAUGCCAUAUGCAUCAAUCAGUAACUUAAGACGCGACAUAUUAAAUAUUAAUGAAUAUCAGGAAAUGAAGUCAGUUAAGUGUACAGCACGACCAAAACUAAACUCUGAUUCAGAUAUCAAUUUAUUUGAAAAACAGCAGGAGAUGGUAAAUAAUGCUAAGUCCGAACUGCUGCAAGAGUUUCUGAAGGGGCGUCAAACGUUAGAUAAUAUUUCAUUAGGCAUUCACAACUCCAAUUAUUUCGAAAAAAGAGAAACAAGUAGCAUGUAUGAUUUACCAAAUAAAAUAAAACAUCCAGACGACAUUUUACACAAAACACUUUCCUAUGUACAUAUAACAACUAACAAUGAUAUAAAUAAUUUGUGUGAUAAAGUUAAUGAUACACCAACAAAUAUUGAUGAUACUAAUGAAAACGCGAAGUUUUUUCGACUAGCUGCCUUUAAAAUGGGUGACGGAAGUCCGCAGGUUGUUCCAAUAGAGGAUACGGGCGGCACAAAUUUAGCAAAACCAAUAGAAAUAGCGAGGAACAACGAAAUGAAUGAAGAAUUUUAUAAAACUCUAAAUGAAGCCUACCGUGAUAAUAAUUUAACUACUGAAAUAUCAAAUGUUGAACGAUUAUUGGAACAAUCUGAAGUUGUGCAUGAGCAUAUGCGAAGUCUAGGAGUAGAUAACAGCUCAGUGAUUGGUGUAACUAUAGAAGACAACGAAAAGCAAAGAGAAAAAGGUAUAAUAAAGGAAAAAACGCAAAGCUUAUCAUGCUUGUUGGAAGAAUCAUUUUCUAGUAACCAAAAGGGGUCAAAAGAUUUCAAAAAAUCUAAAAAAAAAAAGCACCAAAAAGAUGAAAUGGACAUGUUGAACAACCUUAAGAGUGCUUUAGCACAAGCUGCUUUAAUAUCGCAUGAUCAAUUACAAACUGAAUUUGACAAAAACUUUAAACGUGGACUGUCUCAUAAAGAAGUAACUCUGAAAAAAAACUCAGACAUACAUAUUAAAGACUCAAGCAUUGAUACCAAUCGAUAUUCUAUUACAUCAUUAUCAUCCGAAGAUAGUUCGAAUGACUAUGAGUCGAAUGCCUAUAUACUUGACAAUAUUAGUGAACUUCUUUUACUAGAAAUUAAUAAAGUUAACGAACUUCAAACUCUAACCGCUGAUCAAAUAAUCAGUUUGCGUCAAUUUAUUACAUCAGAGCAUACAUUUUUUGAAAAACUAAAUCAAGUGGACAAAAAUUUAAUACUAUUGCUACUGAAUCCGAUAACUUUAUCCGAUGAAUUGCAUGCUUUUGCUGGUAAUAAAAAUAAAAAGUUCGAACUAGUAAUGAAAAAACUAGAAACAAAUAUUGAAGUCUUAAAAAAGCUAGUUGGAAGUUCUUUUGAUGAUUACAAAAGACAAUUUUCAAAAACAAACUCUGUUACCAACAACAUUAAAACUUCAAAAUCUUGCAAUAGUGCUGCUUACUUGCCAGAUAAAUCCAUAGUUAACAAAAAAACAGCUAAUUUUGACUAUAGUGCUCAUCUUUUGAGAAACAAUUCAAAUUUAGAUGAGCAGCUUAAAAUUCUUGAAAAUGAAGAAAAUGAAAUUUGUAAAAAAAAGGAAAUAUCACAACCUCAAACAACUACUGCUACAGGUAUUUUAAACUGCAGUGAGUAUUUAGCAGAAGAUAACCACCCAUUUACUAAUACAACUGAGGAAACAUGUUUAAAGACUGACAGCUCCAAACUAGCUACGUCAACCUUGAAUCUCUAUAACAAUGAUGAGUAUAUAAAAUCUCUUAAAGACAGUUUAGAAAAACAUAAUAGUAUGCUAUUUCUAUUGCAUUUAGGAAACCAAGAAUAUCAAAAAUUUGACAGCGAUUUUAUGCAUAUGAAUAUAAAUGAUAUAUUGCUUGAUUCUAAUGGAAGACAAAGUCCGCCUCCACCUGCUCCAAGUGAUAAUAUUUUUUACGAUGACGACGGUAUUCAAACCAUUAAUAAAAUGAAAUCGGGUUUUAUAAGUCAUUUUCAAGAGUUUUCAGAAAAUUCCAUCAGUGGUAAAUUAACAGAUUUAAAUGAAACUAAAUAUGAACUACAACAACACGACCAUCAUAAAAUUAAUAUUUCAUCAAAUUCUCCCAAGCAAACAAAAUCUGAUUCAGGCCUUUCAUCAUUGAGUGGAUUUUCUGGAAAAGAUAAAUCUCCUAAUUCUCCUAUAACUAAUUCUUUUUGUAGUAAUGCAAGCAAUCCUUUUCUUGGCAAAUACCAAAAUGGAAUUUUUGCUAAUAAUAAAAACGUUUCUGAAGUUGCAUUUAAAGAGACCAUUAUGAGUGCAACAGACUCGAAGACACUAUGUCAAAAUUUUUCUACAACUAUAGUUUCAGCAAUUCCACCAAUGCCAGGCAACGGUCCUCUUUUUAUAGCAACUGAAUCGGUAAAAUCACACCGUAAUAUUCAAAAAGAUUAUACUUUCUCCGAAGAGAAUUUAAAUUACAUUAGUGAGUUGUCUAAAAAUAUGCCAAUUUGUUCGGCAUAUGAAAAUAAAUCAAUUUUUAAUGUGCUUAAGAAUGUUGAAUUGGAUACAAAUGUAUACACCGUAGACGAAAUGCUAAAUUGGAGCCCACAACAUCAGGAUAUUCGACAAUAUCAGCAACACACCCAUCAAAUGUCAACUGAAGGAAGUGACUCUUUGGAAAGAAUGCCAAAAACACAAUCUGCUUACGAAGAUAAUCUGCGCAAUGACGUAACUUCAGAGACCACUUCAGCUAAAGACAAAACUAAACACAUAAACUGGACUCGUCGAAUACCUGAUCUUCUUAAUCAAUCUAGCACAAAUAAGAACUUGAGUACUGUUCAACCUAAUGAAGGAUACUAUGAAGAAACAGAUAUUGACCGAAUUGAAAUGCGCGAUCAAAACCGAAAUCGUCAAUUAACUGAUCGUUUAGUUUAUUAUCCAACUUCAAAUGGCAUUUGUGAUUAUAAUAGUAGUAAUAAACUCGAUUAUUUGGGCAAAUCGGACCAACAUCAACAACAUAAUUACCAAUUUUUUGGCAAUGAAGUUUGUUAUCAGCAACAUAAAACACAAAAGCAUAAACAAGAACAGCAGCAUCAAAUAAAUGUAGUAAGCUCUAGCUCUCCACUAUCAUACAAUAGCAGCAGUCGAUCAUUCAACAAAUAUAAUAAUAUUGUGAAUGCUCAGUACCUGCAGCAAAAGGAAUAUGGUACACCACCAAUUGGUGAUAAAAAAGUUAUUUCACAUCAGCGAAAGCAACCAAAAGUUUGGCACAAAAUAAGCCAUUUACUGCCAGAUCAUCUGAAAAUAAAGCGACGAACUCGCUAUAAUCGUUCACAAUCUUUACCGGCCGUUGAUGUCCAACUCGAUGAUGAUAUAGAAAUACAAUCACGUGGUCAGGCUGAGUCGUUUCCAUCUGUCGUGAAAACACCAAAGCUCAAUAAAGUGGAUUAUGAAAAUGGCGAUAUUGGUACUAGUAAAAUGGCUAUUGGAGGAAGUUUAAGAAAAUUGGACUUAUCAAAGCGUCUGCAGUUCAUGUCGAGAAAUUUACAUAAUGUAAACUCAACACCCUCAUCCAACAAAAAUAGUGUUAAAGACACAUUGAAUAAAUCUCAUAAGAAAAGAUCUCUCUCAACGACAGUAAACAGUUUUAUGCAAAAGGCUAAAACGUAUCGGAGACAUAGCUUUAGCUUGCACCACGGGAUAAGUAUUUUAGAGACAGAAAAUGAUACACCGAGUUUUACAUCAUCGGACUAUGAAGACUCAGUUCCAAGUGAUAAUGAUACAAAGGCACAGAAUUUAUCACCUAUUAAUUUGUUCCCUCAAAUGUCGAGUUUAAAUAAAAAAGGGGAGAAAAAUGAUGAUACAAUUGAAUUUUUUGGUACUAAUCAACCAGAUAUUAAUAAGUUAUUUCCUACUGUUGAGUUAAUAAAAAAAAUUCCAACGUUUAAUAUUGAAGAAGAAUUGGAUUGUUCAAAAGAUUUUAAAAGUAAUUCCUCUCCCGAUAUUGAUACAAGUUUAAUAGAAAUUAAAGAAAGUGUGGAUUCUUUACCUGACCUUAAUAAAAAGCAGUUCUUUUAUGCUACUAAUGAAAGGAUUAAUGAAGACGCAGAAGCAAAUUUAAUUAGACAUAAUGCUUCAACAGCUGUUUUAAGUGAUGCACCGUGUUUAAUAAUAGCAUCAAAUACGUCAUCUGCAAAUACCAUAAACUCAUUAAAAAUAAAUAAUGUCCAAACACAGCAAUCUCUUGAUCUCCCUAACAGUAUAAUAAGAGAUGAUGACGACAAUAAAAGUCAACAAUCUUAUCGAACAUUAUGCUCAUCUAGACGUCAAAGUACUGAAGAUAGUAUAGAUACUGACGAUGAAUAUUUUUGCUACGAAUUGAGACAACUAGAACAGUUGGAAGAGGAACAACUGCUAGCUGAGAGUAAGCUAGCAGAAGUCACUGAAUCGAAGUCAUCAAACAAUAAAAAUUCUUUUGUUUUUACACAAAUUGAUCAAUUAGCCUUGAAAGAUAACAUUGAACAUCAGGAACAAGAUAGCUGCUUUAAUAAUUUGAAUGCCACGGAUUAUGUACCGGACGAACAUGUAAAGUUUAUAAUGUGUCAAGUGCUGCAGGAAUUGAAGACUGUAGUUAAUGUUCACGAAGACUACGAAAAUAAGGAGCAACUUUCAUGCCAACAAGAAAAAUAUAGUAACUUAUCUAAGCUACACAGCUUAAAUAAGCUUGAAAAAAUAUCAAAUAUUCAUAGUGCUUGGCAAGAUGUUAAUACUGACGAAAUUUCCAUAGGUUUAAACGACGAUCAAAAUAUAACGGAGCUUAUAGAAGCAAAUCUUAUAUCUGAAAAUAAUAAGUUAAAACAAAACAUAAUAAAUGAUGCUGAAGCAAUCAAUGGAACCACAAAUCUCGUAAGUAAAGAAAAGCUUCUUCGUAUGCAGCAACAUCAAUAUACGGAUAAUUCUCAACAACAAAAACGUUACAGAAAGAGACGUAAACAGCGAAUAAGUGAAGAUUGCGAUGAUUAUCAUCCUCAGUAUUCCUCAAAUUUAGAAGACUCUUCAGACGAAGAGUGCAAUCAGCAUAUAAAUGAAAUAAAAACAUUAAAAAAACAAAAUGAAAACAACGAAAACCUUGCCAAAUCUUAUUUAAAUUUAGAAAUUGAAAAUAGUUCAUCAGAAGCAACUUCUGGACCCGAUACUCCAGGUAAAUACAGUGACGAACAAGAAGAUAUGGAUAAUGAAAAUGUAACAAAACCGAAUAACCAUCUAUAUAAGAAUUCGGAACAAACAACAUUAAACGCACCGCUGCAAGAAAAUACUGGCUUCCUGCAAGUAACUACAGAAAGUCCAAAGUUGUCGGAGCAAAAAAUAAGUUCUGAUAUGCAUACAGGUGCAUUAGAAACAUUAAAUUUUCAAGUAGAUGUAAAAACAAGUAUAACCGAUAAUGCUAAUAAUACCUCAUCGGUUUUAAUAACAAAUCCGGACACUAACGCAGAAAAUAUAUUGCAAGGUCUUAACGCUAGUAAAAAUGCCCUCGGAAGCAGCAAAUGGAAACUUUUAAAAACUUUGAAAGAACGAAAAAUUGAAGAAAAAAACAAUCAGGAUAAAUUAAAAGAUGAGGAAUCAUCAAAAGAUCAAGAAAAGAAUGGAACUGUUUCCGGCGAAAUUGGAAUGCGUGGCAAUGGUCAUCCUGGAGAUAACCCAUUUUACAGUAAUAUUGACAGCAUGCCAGAUAUUCGUCCACGACGAAAGUCUAUACCACUGGUAUCGGAACUUGUUCUUAAGACUAUGGCAGCAACGAAGAGAAAUGCCGGUUUAACAUCUGCAGUACCAAGAGCCACUUUGAACGAUGAAGAACUGAAAAUGCAUGUCUACAAGAAGGCUUUGCAAGCACUGAUUUAUCCAAUAUCAUCCACUACACCGCACAAUUUUGUAUUAUGGACGGCUACUUCGCCAACAUAUUGUUAUGAAUGCGAAGGAUUACUUUGGGGGAUUGCACGGCAAGGUGUGCGUUGUACAGAGUGUGGUGUCAAAUGUCAUGAAAAAUGCAAGGAUCUAUUAAAUGCUGACUGCUUGCAAA